AUGGUUUCCUAUUCCCACCGGGUUGACGCCAAGUGCCUGUCUCGGCCGACGAGCGGCCAGGAGACCCGCACCGCGCGUCUGCGUGGAGAGGCCGAGCCGGAGGUCGACUGGAGCCUCAUCGCUGACCGGAUCAACAAGCGCUUCAAGUACAAGCCUGGGAGGGCGGCUUUCUGUCCAGAGGAGUACCUGUGUUAUGAGGACUGGUUCCUCCGGAAGUUAUCAGAGAAGACUCACGGGGAAUGUCUAGCCCAAGCGGCUCUGGCAGAUGUGUGCACUCCGGUGCAGGGAAGGUUGUGGCCGCAGGUUCCCAGUGGUGAGAUGACGUUGAAGGUCUCUGUGAUUGCAAUGGAGGAGCUCCUGCGACUCCUACAAGGGGACCAGCUCCUGCAGCUCCGUUUACGUUGGCCAGACUAUCACCGAGUCCACAGCCCCGUGGAUGGCACCAUCGAGUCCAUCAAGCGCUACGAGAAAGACCAGCUUUUUCCGACAUCCGAGUCUAUGUCAAUCUUCAAGUUUGCCACGAGCUUCGGGCCAGUCCAGCUGCUUUGUAUUGGAGAGUGGUCCGUGCAAAGCUUUCAAACCCAUGCAGUGGCUGGACAGGAGGUCAGGAAGAUGGAUGAACUAGGACAUUUUGACGUGGGCUCACAGGUGAUUUUGGCCCUGCCCAAGUCUCUCCACAUUUUGCCCAAAGAAGGCGCCCGAAUGUUUGUGGGCGAUCCCAUCGCUGCAGAACACGUCCAGAAAAAAGAACAAGUCGUUCGGGCCAUUCUGGGCCGUGGGGCGAUGCCAGCGUUUUCAGGCAGAAAGCCGAAAGGGAAAGUCCUCAGAGCAAAGAGGUCUGGAAGAUAA